AUGGAAAGUUGUUUGAUUUUUUUUCACCGAAGAGUGGCAGAUUCAGACUGGAAUCUGGCUUUCAAAAGACCUCUUUUAGCAUGGGAAGAGGAGGAAGUGCAAAAACUUAACGAUCUCCUGCAGAAUGUGCCUAGGCUCAAUGAAGGAGUGACAGAUUCUUGUUCUUGGGUAGCUCAUCCGUUUGAAGAGUUCACUGUGGCAUCAACUUGGAAGUGGAUGGAAGCAAGUCAAGGGGUAGAUUGUACAGUCACUAGGUGUAUUUGGAACAAUCUAGCCCCUCCCAAAGUUCAAUUCUUGAGUUGGCUAGCGUUGAGAGGUAAGAUUAAAUGCUCUGAAUUUUUGCAAAGAAUUGGAGUGUUGAGUCCAAAUGUCUCUGCUCUCUAUGUGUUCUGCAGAGUUGAGGUGGAGUUUGUAAAUCAUGUUCUCCUCCACUGUCCUUUCAUUUGGAAAUUGUGGGCCAAUUUAAUGAACUGGUGGAAUUACAAUUGGGUUAUUCUUGGUUCAGUGGAGGGUUUACUUCUGUCGUGGGCAGGUAUAAAAAUGAAGAAGAAGAUGCAAGCAGUUUGA